AUGUCCAAUCUUGGACGACAAGGACAAAUCAUCAGAUCAUCAGGAACAUUUCUUCGAAAACCUAAUGUCACAAUUCUGAUGAUGUUUCCUGAUAUUGAUGAUUUCAUACCAAAUUUAAAAUCUUUAUUAAUUGUUUAUGAAUAUAUUGUUCAUCGUUAUCAAAUCUCCAAUUGGUUAAAUAUUAAUUUGCAAGUUAAAGAUUCAAAAUGUUCAAUAUCUUUAGCACCACAUCAACUUGUCACAACAAUGCUUUCGACAAUUCCUGAUGUUGUCUUCGGUCCAUUCUGUGAUUUAGCAGUUGCUCCUGUCGCACGUUUGCUUCAUUUUCAGAAUAUUCCUUUGAUCACAAUGGGAGCUGUUUCUAAUGAAUUUACAUUACAACGACAAACGAUGUAUUCCACGCUAUUUCGAUUCGGAUAUCGAACAGAUGAGCUCGGUACAUUACUUGUUAAAUUAUUUCAAUAUUACAAAUGGUCGUUUGUUAAAUUUCUUUAUGAAGAUAAUCCAAAGCCUUGGCAUGAAUGUCAAGUUUUGUUACGACCCAUCGCGCAUACAUUUGCAUCGAAUCAAAUACGUUCGGAUAAUCGAAAAGUGACAAAUCAUGAUGCAAAAGAUGAUUUCAAGUCAAUCUUUGUUGAUUUUAUCAGUAAUAAUGCAUCAGUGUCAUUAUGGUGUGUUAAUCCACGAACAUUUCGGAAAGCGGUUCUAACAGCUCAGAAACAUGGAUUUGUCAAUGGUGAAUAUGUCUUCAUCUAUCUCGAUACAGUUCUUACACCAGAAAAUACGGAUGAGAAAAGCUUAGCUGUACGACAACCAUGGUAUGAUCCGAACGAAUUCGAUGAAACAGUCAAUGAAAAAGCUCGUCGCGCAUUCGAAACUGUCCUUUAUGUUCGGCAACGUCUUUAUACCGGCGAUCGUUUUCGUCGUUUCGCUGAGAAUGUAGUCGAAUUUGCACGUGAAACAAAUCGAACUGAACAAUUAAUACACGAAGCCAAAUUCGCCAUAAGAAUCGGAACUGACGAAACGAACUUUUACGAUGCUGUUGUUACAUAUUUCAAAGCAUUGGAAAGACACUAUCAAAUAGCAGCGAAUGAUGGGUUGACUGCUUAUCCAUCGAUGGAUGCGAAAACUUUCAAAUCAAUGAUUUGUAAUCGAUCAAUUGAAGGUGCGAAUAAAAAUAUCACAAUGAAUCAAAUUUGUGAUCGUAUCGAUAUUGGUUAUACGGUUUACGAUAUGGAUCCUGACACAGGAGAGUUAGAGGCGGUUGUUGCUUAUCCAACGGAACCGUUUCAAACAGAUAAUAAACAGUUGCAAUGGUUAAAUGAAUCUCGUUUUAUAUAUUUUAUUGAUAAAAAUUCCACUUCAAUUCCUGAUUCUCCACGUUGCGGUUUUAAUAAUUUGAAAUGUCCUAAGAAGACACUUAUACCAAUCUGGGGCUGGAUUAUUAUUAGUUUAUCGUCCAUCAUCGUCAUGCUUCUCAUCGUUGGAUUUAUUUUAUACCGUCGAGCAAAAUUCGAAGCAGAAUUAAAGGCAAUGCAAUGGUUGAUCAAAUGGGAAGAACUAUCUAGUCGAACAUUAUUGCAUAACAAUGUAGCAACACCUUCUUUUCAUAAACUUUCACUUUCUCAAAAGGAAUUAUCCGAUGAGAAAUCGCGAACUUCUAUUGCAAGUCAUCAUUCUCAAGAUAGUGAAACAGAUGGACCGACUAAGCAAACAUUUACUAAAACAGCAAUUUAUAAAGCAUCAGUUGUCGCACUGAAACGUUUUCAUAAAACCAAAUUGGAAACCACACGUGCGUUACAAUUAGAAGUGAAAGCAAUGCAAGAUAUCACUCAUGAUCAUAUAGCACGGUUUAUUGGUAUUUGUAUUGAUCCGAAGCAUCAAUACAUUGUCACAGAAUAUUGUCCCAAAGGAAGUUUAAAAGAUAUUCUACAAAACGAAGAAAUUAAACUUGAUACUAUGUUUAAGCAUUCCAUUAUGCAUGAUAUCGUCAAGGGCAUGCAGCAUCUUCACGACAGUCCAAUAGGAUCGCAUGGAAAUCUGAAAAGUUCAAAUUGCGUCGUUGAUAGCCGAUUUGUUUGCAAAAUAACGGAUUUUGGUUUGCCAACAUUACGGUCCAAUACAAACAAGGAUUCACCACCACCGGGUGUUAUAAAAGAUCUUGCAUUCUAUCGAAAUCGUCUAUGGACGGCGCCAGAACUAUUACGAGAUCCGCAUCCUCCGGCUGCUGGUACAGUGAAAGGUGAUGUGUAUAGUUAUGGAAUUAUUUUACAAGAAAUUCAACUACGCAAUGGACCUUUUUAUCUACGAGAUCGUGAAUUAAGACCGGAUGAAAUUGUUGAGAGUGUUAAAUCGGGUAGUUUGCUUCGUCCAACGAUCGAAGCAGGCGAAUGUAAUAUUGAAAUUGGUCAACUAAUGAAACGUUGUUGGCUGGAAGAUCCGAAUGAGCGGCCAGAUUUUACAGAUAUUCGACAAAUUAUGCGACGAAUAAAUAAGGAUGGCGAUAGUGGAAAUAUUCUUGAUAAUUUACUUAAACGUAUGGAACAAUAUGCAAACAAUCUCGAAGGACUCGUCGAAGAACGUACAGGUGAUUAUUUAGCUGAAAAGAAAAGAGCGGAAGCAUUGCUUUACCAAUUACUACCAGCACCCGUUGCUUCUCAGUUAAUGGGUGGUCAACCGGUCACUGCUGAAACAUUUGAUUGUGUUACAAUCUAUUUUUCCGAUAUUGUUGGAUUUACUGCUCUCUCAUCAGAAAGCACACCAUUGCAAGUCGUUGAUCUCUUAAAUGAUCUAUAUUCAGUAUUCGAUGGUGUUUCGGAAAACUAUGAUGUUUACAAAGUCGAAACAAUUGGUGAUGCUUAUAUGGUGGUUUCUGGUCUUCCCACAUCAAAUGGAGAUCUACAUGCCCGAGAAAUAGCACGUCUCUCUUUAGCUCUUCUCAAUGCUGUACUUAAUUUUCGUAUUCGACAUCGACCGGAUAAGAAAUUACUACUCCGUAUUGGAAUACAUUCCGGUCCAUGUGUAGCUGGAGUGGUUGGCCUACGGAUGCCUCGAUACUGUUUAUUUGGUGAUACUGUGAACACUGCAUCUCGAAUGGAAUCUAAUGGUAAAGCAUUGCGUAUACAUGUCUCAUCAAGUACGAAAGGUAUUUUGGAAAAAUUUGGAACAUUUCAAUUGAAGUUUCGUGGUGAUAUCGAAAUGAAGGGUAAAGGAAAACAACGAACAUAUUGGUUACUCGGCGAACAAGGUGGUUUAAGUGCUCAACAUAGUUUGGUGAAUUGGGAUGAUGAGACCGUUGAUGAGCAUUAA